AUUGAGAAAAAGAAGAAGAAUUGGUUUUUAAAAUUAGAUUUUCAUCGAGCAUCAAAAAAUGCGCAGAAAAAGUGCGCAUACGGGCACAAACACAAACAUAUGUCCAAAUACAUUGAUAUACGCACCAAGCCAAAAUUUAUGUAGGGUUGUGUACGAGAUACAGGCAUGAAAGUGGCCAAUAUACCCCACCAAGCAGCCGGGCGAACCACAGCACGGCUACUAAAAAAGGUAGCACGAAUAUGUGAAUGCACGAAUGGAAAAUCCGACGCAUGAAUAUAGUUCGGCAAUGCGGACCAAAGGCCGAAACAGCAUAAGAUGGCGCUAUAUUAAUUCUAAGAGGUGUAAGGGAAGGUGGCAAACUGAUUGAAAAAAUACCUGUGUAUGUGUAUUUGUGUGCGCAGGUGUAUUGGUGUGUGUGUGUGUGGUUGGAAAGAAUCGAGGCGCAAAUUCUACAAAAGAAAUGAUGUCUUCCCGAUAAAAUCAGCCAGAACACUCAGUGUGCUCUGACCGCUCGAUCCGUUUAGACAGCACAGAAAAAAGUUCAGCAUCAUGGCCGAUGAGAAGAAGAAGGUUAAGAAGAAGAAGACCAAGGAAGAGGGAGGUACUUCUGAAACCGCUUCUGAAGCCGCAUCUGAGGCCGCAACCCCAGCACCAGUGGCUACUCCAGCUCCAGCUUCAACCACUGGAUCGAAGAGAGCGUCAGGUGGCUCACGUGGCUCAAAGAAAUCGAAGCGCGCUGGUUCCAGCGUGUUCUCUGUUUUCUCGCAGAAACAAAUUGCCGAAUUCAAGGAAGCUUUCCAACUAAUGGAUGCCGACAAGGAUGGCAUCAUUGGCAAGAACGAUCUGCGUGCCGCUUUCGAUUCCGUUGGCAAAAUCGCCGCCGAUAAGGAAUUAGACCAGAUGUUAGGUGAAGCCUCCGGCCCCAUCAACUUCACACAAUUGUUGACCUUGUUCGCCAACCGUAUGGCAUCAGCCGGUGCCAAUGAUGAAGAUGAAGUUGUCAUUGCCGCUUUCAAAACAUUCGAUGUCGAUGGUCUCAUUGAUGGUGAAAGUUUCCGUGAAACACUCAUGAACUUUGGUGAUAAAUUCAGCGCCAAGGAGUGUGACGAUGCCUGGGAUCAGAUGGUUAUUGACGAUAAAAAUCAAAUCGAUACCGCCGCCCUUAUUGAAAUGCUCACCGGCAAGGGUGAGGAAGAAGAGGAGGAAGCCGCAGCAUAAACAGCUUUACACUGCACUCUAGCAACAACAUCAGCAAACAAAUAAGUAAAAAAAAAAAUAAAAAAUUAUAUAUAAUAUAUAAAAAUAACCUUAAUACAAAACACUAAGAUCCUGUUUUGAAAACCAAAAAAAAAAUGUAUCUUUACUUUUUUAAAAAAAAAUAAUUAACAACAUAUUUUGUGUGUAAAUUUACGCAUUCAGUUAUUUAAAAGAAACAACCACACCUUUUCUUCAGAGAAAAAAAGCAUAACGAUAAAAAAAAUAGUCCCUAUAUUAGUGAGCAAUGAAACACUGAACAGUUAACUGAAAGAAAAGCAACAAAUGUGUAACUGCGUAAAGAAAGUUUCGUUACAUUUUGCAUUGUACUCAAAGAUGCGCGUCUCCACCAGCAUUUGGUAUAUGUCAAGCAACAACUGGCAGUUAGUUUUUUAGUUGAUAAUUUAAAUUUUAUAAAAAACCAAACUAAAAAAAAAUACUUAAAUUAUUUUAUUUUAGAAAAAAACUAAAAACCAAAAAACAAAUAAGAAAAAUCAACAAAAAACUUAAAAACAGAAAACUUUCUAAGAUUUUUAUUUGUUGUAGCAGACUUUUCCACCAACCUCAACAACAGCAAUUAUCAAAAUUCUUUGCACACUCAAUGUAGGGACGCGUGUUUUAAUCGUCACACAUGGGAAUUUCAGCGUAGGUUAAAGGCAACCAGUGUAGGCCAUUAAUUAUUAAUAACUAUUAGAAACAAUGCACGUUUAUUGUUAAUAACUAUUAUUGCGAAUAAGCUUAUUACGAAUAGACAAACAAGAAAGGAUGUAGUAAUGAAGAAGAAAAAAGAAACACUUAAUCAUUCACCAAAAUAUCAAAAUAUCUUAAACUAUCACUCAUCACUCUCACUAAGCUAUACCUAUAAAUAAUGCUUUUCGCCUAUAUUUAUUUUAACACAUAUAUAUAUAUAUACAUACCUAUCACCAAAAUAUCGAAAUGUACGCAUGAAACCUAAUUUAUAAGUGCUUACAAAUUUUGACAAACAAGAUCUAUAACCUUACACGAUUUAGUACAUAUAUCUAAAAAUCUAUAUGUGUUUUUGAAGUUCUAUAUAUUUAUUCAUACGAACCUAACCUAACUUUAGUUUUGUGUUUUGAAGUUCAAUAAUUAUUGUUAUAAUUCCUACCCUAUCCGUUUAUGUUGUUUUGAACUAUUUAGUUUAGAUUUAUUAAACCCUUACCCGAUCCGUGUAUGUUUAUUGAAUUUCUAUAUAUUUAUAUAUAUAUUUAACGUUAUUAUAUAUACACAUAUAUAAAUGUGUGUGUUUUUUUUGGAAUACUAACCCGAUUUUAUGAGAAACGAUCAUUAAAUAUGACGAUUAUAGUUAAACUUACUAAACAUUUGCGCGUUACUUUGAAUAUUCUUAACACUUUUUGUCCAUAAAACAAUUGAAAAAAUAUUAGGAAAAUAUAUACAUAUAAUUUAUUGCAACACUGAGUAUAUGCACUUUAUAUGAACAUGAGAUGAUUAUGUCGAUUUUUUGCAAUUUACCAAAGACUUACAUAUAUAUUGCAGUUAUAUUCAACUGAGAAAGCGUUAAUGUUAUAAUUAUUUCAAACAUUUAAAGAUUUUUGAAUAAAUAUUUACAAAUACUUAGCAAAUGCAUGUUUGCUUUUAGCAAUUUUAAAAUAACAUUUUAAAGUGAACCAUCCCUUGGAGAACUUAUACAUAUAUAACGAAUUUAAUGUGAAGAAAUAUAAAAAUAAAAUAAAAAUCAAAAAAAAAAAUACGAAUACAACAUGCAUGUUUAAACUUAUUAUUUAAUCACAUAUAUACUAUAUACAUAUUGCAUAACUUAUGAUGAAUUCUAUAUAAAUUUCAAUUUAAUUCAAUUGUUCUACUACUAACACACAAGUAUAAACGAAGUAUAUUCAUACAUAUUAUUUGCAAGCGCUAUUGUGCGAUUAUAUACAAUAUUUAUAUAUAUAUACGUAUUUAUAUAACCGAAACAUUUAACAAUUUUGAAAUUUAUGCACUAAUAAUUUACAUACUUGUGUUUGUAUAUACGUUGCUAAUCAACGAUUAGCUGUUAUAUGAAAAGAGAAAAAACUUUAGGAAGUCUAAUGAUUAUUCACAACAAAUUACAACUGAUAAAUAUUGAAAAUUCUACUACUAUUCAUAUAUAAAUUAUUACAUAUAUAUAUAUAUAUAAAAGAAAAUAUUAGUUAUUAUUUGCCUGGUAUAUGUUUACAUAUAUGUAUAUAUGCCAAGAAAAUGUUUUACUAAACAAUUUUGAAAAAAAAAAAAAUACAUAUACACGUAUAUAUUUACUAACCGUAUAAAAUACUUAAAAAUAUUACACUCACAUGCAAGCAAACAACGAACAUUAAUGAAGACCACAAGCACGUAAUAUUGAAAAAAAGUAUUUUAUUGUAAAUGUAUAUACACAUAAAUACAUAUAUAUAUAUAUAUAUAUAAUAAAUAUACAUAUAUAUGUAUGUGUAUAUGCAUAUAUUUACCAUAAAAAUAGUACAUCAAGUACAUAAAGAGCGGCAAAACCGAACGAUGCUACUAUAUAGUAUCAGAAAUCUUUAACUUAUUUAAACGUGCACUCAAAUUCUUUGGAAUUAUCUAUUAUUUAUAUAGCAUAUAAGCAAAUAGACACGCUCUAGUCCUUCGAUUGCUUAUAACAACACAAACUAACUGUAUGUAUUUUAUAAACUGACCAAACUUGUGCUAAUGCUAUAAACAUUUUUUGCAAAUAUAACACUGUUACUCAAACUGCAAACGAAGUGUUUAACAUGAACAGUUUAAAAACGAAACACACACACAUACACUUAUAUACAGAAAUAAUUUUAGGGCGUGUUAGGUUUAAACGCAUUCAACAUCUUGUGCUGAAUAGAGAUUUUUUAUUGAUUUUGAGUGUAGAAUGCUUUUAAAAAUUUUAAAGAAUUUAUUUAAACUGUUUAUUUAUUAAUCAAUUGAAAUGUCCCUUUACAUAUAUAUACGUUGCAUAUAAUGCAACUUAAAGGCAUCUCUAGCUAUUAUUAACUCUUAAUUACAAAACAUUUAAAUAUUUUAAUUAUAAACCCACAAAGUGAACGACGAAAUUUUUAAGUAUAUAAAAUUAUAUUAGUUUGUAGCUAUUCAUAUAUAUUGAGAAAGAGGGCUAAAAUCAUGACAAAUGAAUACUAUUAAUCCAUAUAAUAUAAUGACUCUGACUUUUAUAGACAAAUUGUUAUGAAAAAUAGAAAAAAGAAGAAAAAAAAACAGCAACAGUUGUAAAACAUCUAACAACUGUACAUAGAAAAAUAAUAUCCAACGUUAACAAAACAAAAAGUAUAUAGCAAAUCAAGAUGACUUCAAAACAUAAUCAAACAAAAUACUAAACCAAGCUGAAUAAAACAACUUAAGUCAUCUAUA